AUGAAGAGUUUUUCUCACAAGGACGCUGUGGCCAUUGAAGAUGUGGCUGUGAACUUCACCCUGGAGGAGUGGGCUUUACUGGAUCCUCCACAGAAGAAACUGUAUAGAGAUGUGAUGAAGGAAACCUUCAAAAACCUGGACUCAAUAGGUAAAAAAUGGGAAGAUCGUGACAUUGAAGAUCUGUACAAAAACCAGGGGAGAAAAUUAAGAAGUCAAAUGGUAGAAAAACUUUAUGAAAGUAAAGAGGGUAGUCAUUGUGGAGAAAAUUUCAGCCUUAUCCCAAAUCUCAGUCUGAACAAGAAAACUACUGGAGUGAAAACACAUGAAUGCAGGACAUGUGGAAAAGUCUUCAUGCAUUAUUUUUCCCUUAAUAUGCACAUCAGAUGUCACAGUGGACACAAACCACAUGAACAUCUGAAAUACAGAGAGAGGCCAUAUAAAUGUAAGUUAUGUGGGAAAGCUUAUAUUUCUUUAAGUUUAUUUCAAAUACAUCAAAGGAAGCACAUGGAAGAGAAAACCUACAACUGUAAGGAAUGUGGGAAAACCUUCCGUUUUCGUACAUCUUUUCAAAUACAUGGAAGGAUUCAUACAGGAGAAAAACAAUACGAAUGUGAGGAAUGUGGGAAACCCUUCAUGUGGCUAACAAGCUUUCGAAGACACAUGGCAAUGCACACUGGAUAUGGACCUUAUAAAUGUAAACAAUGUGGAAUGGUCUUUAGAUAUCAUCGUGCUUUUCAAUCACACGAAAGGACUCACACAGGAGAGAAAGCCUAUGAAUGUAAGCAAUGUGGUAAAGCUUUUAAUUCUCAACGUGGUUUCCAAAUACAUCAAAGCUAUCACAAAGGAAAGCACCCCUAUGAAUGUAAACAAUGUGGAAAAGUCUUUAGAUAUCAUCAUACUUUUCAGGCACAUGAAAAGAUUCACACAGGAGAGAAAAUCUAUGAAUGUAAGCAGUGUGGUAAAGUUUUCAAUUCUCAUCGAGGUUUCCAAGUUCAUGAAAGAUAUCACAAAGGAGAGAAACCCUAUGAAUGUAAGAAAUGUGGUAAAGCUUUCAGUUCUCAUCAAGGUUUUGAAAUACAUGUAAGAGAUCACAAGGGAGAGAAGCCCUAUGAGUGUAAGGAAUGCGGUAAAGGUUUCAAUUGUCAUCGAGGUUUCCAAUUGCAUGAAAGAAAUCACAAGGGAGAGAAACCCUAUGAAUGUAAAUGUGGUAAAGCUUUUGUUUAUUACUAUUCCUUGCAAUUACACAGAGGAACUCAUACUGGAGAGAAACCCUAUGAAUGCAAGGAAUGUGGGAAAGCCCUCAGCAAUCACCAAGGCUUAAAGAGACAUGAGAAACUGCACACAGGAGAGAAAUCCUAUGAAUGUAAGCAGUGUGGGAAAGCCUUCAUGCAUCCAUCAGGAUUUCGGACACACAUGAAAAUGCAUGCUGGAAAUAGACCUUAUCAGUGUAAGGAAUGUGGGAAAGCCUUCAUUUAUCCAUCAGGUGUUCGAGCACACGUGCUGCAAGUACAUAUUGGAAAUAGACCUUAUCAAUGCAAAGAAUGUGGGUUAGCAUUUUAUUUUCCCAGUACAUUGCGCAGGCAUGAAAUGACUCACACCGGAGAGAAACCCUGUGAAUGUAAACAGUGUGGUAAAGCCUUCAGAGAUUACAGUUACUUAAAAAUACAUGAAAGAAGUCAUACUGGAGAGAAACCCUAUGAAUGUAAGCAGUGUGGUAAAGCUUUUUUUUCUCAGCUAGGUUUCCAAGUACAUGAAAGAAGUCACACUGGAGAGAAACCCUAUGAAUGUGAAGAAUGUGGGAAAUCCUUCAGUUCUCCCAGUUCCUUCCGAAGGCAUAAAAAGACUCACUGGAUAAGUCCUGUUGAAUGUGAACAGCAUAGGAAAGACUUCAGUUGAUCCACAUACUGUACUUACAUGUGAAAAAGAAAAGAAAAAGAGAGAAAUGAGUAAUGUGAGAAGGCUUGAUGGAAAUUAAUCUAUGUGUAAUGUUCUAGAAAACUUUCAAUAUGAAAGAGUUAUUAUAAGUGUAAAUAUAUUGUGUUUUAUCAAGCUUCCUUAAAGUGCAUUGUUGGACUGUGGGUUUCUACUAAUUAUUUUCAGAGCUGAAUAUUCAGAUAAUUCUGUGACACAUCAUUCAACAACAAUAUAUAAGAUUAUAGA